ACUUUUUUUCCCCUGAAAAGACACAUCUCUCUCUCUCUCUCUCUGCCCCCCCAACUCUCUCGUGCUUUCUUGUAGUCAUAGUUCUUUUGUGUGUGAUAUUUCAUUCCUGUCAUUCAAGUAACAUCUGAACAUUAUAUAAGAGGAUGUGGAGAUCCGUUAUUGGGUCAGCUAAAGCCCUUUCAAACUGCUCCUGUCAAAAUCAUUGGAACGUGCUGCUGCUGCGUCCUUUAGCCUCUUCUCCUUCACGUUUCCUGUCUUCUACCUCCGUUCUUGAAUCUCCCCCUCCCCCUCCUUCAUCCAUGCCUCCUGUUUCUCUUGAUAACAUUAAUCCCAAGGUUUUAAAAUGUGAAUAUGCUGUCCGUGGCGAGAUUGUCACCCUUGCACAGGCGUUACAAGAAGAGUUAAAGUCUAAGCCAGGCUCCCACCCCUUUGAUGAGAUACUUUACUGCAAUAUUGGAAAUCCUCAGUCUCUUGGUCAGCAGCCUAUCACCUUUUUCCGUGAGGUUCUUGCAUUAUGCGACCAUCCUUCUAUUUUGGACAGAAGUGAAACUCAGGGUUUGUUCAGUGCUGAUGCCAUAGAGAGAGCUUGGCAGAUUCUUGAUCAAAUUCCUGGAAGGGCCACUGGUGCUUAUAGUCACAGCCAGGGAAUCAAAGGACUGCGUGAUACAAUUGCUGCUGGAAUUGAAGCCCGCGAUGGCUUUCCUGCUGAUCCAAAUGAUAUUUUCUUGACAGAUGGUGCAAGUCCAGCGGUCCACAUGAUGAUGCAGUUACUGAUGCGAUCAGAGAAAGAUGGCAUACUUUGUCCCAUUCCUCAGUAUCCCCUGUACUCUGCUUCAAUUGCUCUCCAUGGUGGUGCUCUGGUUCCCUACUAUCUUGAUGAAGCAACUGGGUGGGGCUUGGAAGUUUCUGAGCUUAAGAAGCAGUUGGCAGAUGCAAAGUCCAAGGGAAUUACCCCUAGGGCCCUGGUUGUGAUAAAUCCAGGAAACCCAACAGGGCAGGUUCUUGCAGAGGAUAAUCAGCGGGGGAUUGUGGAGUUUUGCAAGCAAGAAGGCCUUGUCCUUCUUGCAGAUGAGGUUUAUCAGGAAAAUGUUUAUGUUCCUGAGAAAGAGUUCCACUCAUUUAAGAAGGUUGCUCGGUCUAUGGGAUAUGGUGAAAAGGAUAUAUCUUUAGUAUCUUUUCAGUCUGUCUCUAAAGGUUACUAUGGAGAGUGUGGAAAGAGAGGAGGGUACAUGGGAGGCACUGGGGUUGGUCCUGGAAUAAGAGAGCAAAUAUACAAAGUUGCAUCUGUGAAUCUGUGUUCCAACAUUUCUGGUCAAAUUCUUGCAAGUCUUGUCAUGAGCCCGCCUAAGGUCGGAGAUGAAUCAUAUGAAUCAUACUCUGCUGAAAAAGAUGGAAUCCUCUCAUCUUUAGCGAGACGUGCAAAGACGCUGGAAGUCGCAUUCAAUAAUCUAGAGGGUGUAACUUGCAACAAAGCAGAAGGGGCAAUGUAUCUCUUCCCCUGCAUCCGCUUGCCUGAAAAGGCAAUUAAAACUGCCGAAGCUGCAAAAACAGCUCCAGAUAACUUCUAUUGUCGCCGUCUACUCAAUGCCACUGGAAUUGUUUUUGUUCCUGGUUCUGGCUUUGGGCAGCUUCCGGGCACUUGGCAUUUUAGGUGCACCAUACUACCUCAAGAAGAUAAGAUUCCAGCAGUUGUCUCCCGUCUCACAGAGUUCCACAAGAGUUUCAUGGAUGAGUUUCGCGAUUGAAGGAUCUUUGCAUUUCAAACUCGGAAAAGUUACAAAAUAAGAUAGUAGCCCAUGAUUUUAAUACAACGAUGGAUGUUACCGUGAUACAUUGUAAUUUUUUUUCUUGGAAGGAUAUAUAGAGGUUUUUCUUCAUUGUUCCUCCAUCGAAGUGUUUCCCUUUGUGAUCGUGAAAGAUAUGUUGGAUUGUAAUCACAUUUCUUGAAAACGAAGUUGAGAGAUCUUUCUGCAGCACAA